UAGGUAUAUAAGAACCAGUGAAUUGCGUGUUUUGUUUUCCUUCCCGUCUUUUUUUGGCAUCAGCCUUGGAAGUGAUUUAAUUAAAUAGGAUUUCCAGUGCUCUGCAAUUGAAGCAUUUUGUACAAGUGAUUUAAUUUCUUAGGAUUUCCAGUGCUCUGCAAUUGAAGCAUUUUGUACUCCAAAAUGCACACCCAGGCCCCUCAGUCGUCACACAGGCAAGGUGGCUCGAGGGGGUUCAUCAACAAGCAGCAGAGAAAAUACGUUCCUAAAACGUCUCCGGAAUCGUCAAAUGCGGAUAAAGGCCAUCGAAAUCCUAAUGAGAUCAGAAAUGGGUUAUUGACUAGUUCUCUGAGACAAGAUGGUGAUAAAAGCCACCUGAAUCAUAUGCUCCCCGGGGCCCAGGGUAACAAGAUUGACAGCAAUUCAGGGACUAGUAGUAAACAACGCGAACAGGGUAGGUUUGUGAAGUACUUGCCCCAGGAUGAAGAAGGCGGGAUGGAUCCGGAGGAGACACAGGGAGUUGCUGAUCUUUUGAACCACGAGCUCUCUGUAUUAUUGAAGAUGAAACCAAGGGACUUCUGGAAAGCAGUUGCUAGAGAUGAUUCUCUUGAAGAAUUCUUGGAUAGCUAUCUUCAGUUCAGGAAACGAUGGUAUGACUUAUAUCAUUGUGGCCAGAGUGGGUCAAUGGCUGGUUUGGUUGUUGGUGAUCAGGAGCUAUGCCGACGUGUCUUCAUGGUCUUGUAUCGCAUGUCAUCAAAUCAGGAUCCAGGUGCUCCUGCAAGGGAAAGCCUUAGCUCAAAGGAACACACAGAUCUCUUGCUGGGAAAGAGGUUGCUAGACAUACCAAAACUGAUGGAUAUUGCUGCCAUAUAUGGACAUGAGAAUUCAGAUCUGACACAAUCAUUGGUUCUCAAUGCCCUAAAGUCACAGCCAGGAUUGGCUGACAGGUUAAAAGGUGUGAUUCCUCAGUUUUUGCUUAUAGUUGACACAAUGGAUCAUCGGUGCUCCUCUUCCUUAGAGGUCCUUUCCUCUAAAGAAAAUGAGAUUUCAUCAGUUAGACAACUUCAUGGAGAUCUUUGGGAGGUAUUGGACUUCAUAAAUGAUGCGGUUGUUACUCUUGAUGCCUUUGUGGAAGCUUAUGCUCCUGCUGCACCAAUAUUCAUCUCUUCAGGAGUUUCCAAGGAAGGUAAUCAAGAAUUGCUUCCUAUGCUUGCAUAUAUGCAUGACACACUGCUACCAGUUGUAGAGAAAGGCCUGAAUUUGACAACAGAGAAUACCAUUAAAGAUUCUUCUGACAACUUAGAGCUGGGUCUGCAACCGUGUUUGAAGAUAUUGUGUGCAAGGAUAGUAAGAUUUGCUUGGCAGCUACUAUAUUCUUGUUAUCUCACUCAAACUUUUAGUGACAACAACUCUUAUCAUUCAAGUUCAAUGAUAUUUCCUGCACAAGUUGAGGAUCCAGGAAUAAGGGGUGAAAUUACUGUACAAAUAAUUGGUGAAAUGGUUGCAAGAUCUAAUAGUGUUGAUGGGCUUACUGCCAGUGGAACAUUUCUAUGGAAUCUUGACAGAAGACAUAAACUUAUGAACAAGAUUGAUGAGCUUUGUCAGAAUGGAUGGAUGCACUUGAAUGAAGCACAAUAUGGUUACAUAUCCCAGUUAGCAGGUCACUCUGAGCCCCAAAAGUUGAGAAAGUAUAAAAUAGAUGAAAGAGCCCCUGACAUUUCUAGCUUGUCAUUGAAGGAUAAGGUUAACCUUAUGGAAGAGACUGUCAUUCUUGAAUCAAAAAUCAGUGAAAUUAAGGAUAUUUUUCCUGCUUAUGGAAAUGGGUUCCUUGCUGCUUGUUUGGAUGUUUAUAAUGAUAACCCUGAAGAAGUCAUUCAACACAUUUUAGAGGGGACACUUCAUCCAGAUUUAUUAUCUUUGGAUACCACUCUUCAGGUGAAACCUACUACUAAACAAUCCUCAAACAGAAGUGCCAAAGGAAAAGAAAAGUUGGAUGAAUCUGCAUACUUGUCUCAAGUAAAAUCCAACUUGGAUGGUUCAAACUCAAAGAAUAUAAUUGUUGCUGCUUCUUCUUCAGUUGAAACAAUGAAGUCUUCAUUAUCACCUGAUGCAAAAUUUAGAGCAACUGGACGGUACGUUCGCCGCUCAAAUGAUGAUGUAAAUUCUGCCAGUGUUCUUGAUCAGAAGGACCUAAAAGAUUCCUUUCGCUCUGCUAUACUUGCAACACAAUAUGAGGAUGAAUAUGAUGACUCUUUUGAUGAGUUAGGUACGGGAGUUGCAGAUUCAGGAAUUGAAGAAAUAGAGAGCUUGGGUUAUAGGCUUUCUUUACAGCGAGCUCAAAGAUGGAGAACGGAUUCUACCAUAGAUGAGGCUGGGUCAUCAAGAAAGCUUAAGGAUUCUUUGGAUGACAGCACAAAGAGAGAGAACUCAGUUAAUACUUCUAACAAUAAGCUUAUUUCUGAGGUAUCUAAUUCUGACAUACAAGAUUCUGCACCUUCUGUUCCAAAAAUGGGUCAUGGUUCUUAUAGUAAAGGAAAAUAUAAAGCACAGCAGAAACCACAAUUCUAUGUGAAAGACGGAAAGAAUUAUAGCUACAAAGUGGCAGGAGCAGUUGCUGUAUCUAGUGCAGAAGAGGCAGAAACCCUAAGAAAAGUACAGGAGGAAACAAUUCAUGGCUUGGGACCUGGAGGGAAUGUACCUUUGAAACAAAUAGAAUCUUCAGCUGGCACUGAAAAUGAUCAUAAUAUAACUGGCAACAAAGCAACUCUGGGAGGUGGCCAAAGGGGAAGGGGUGGUUAUGGAAGGGGUGGGGUUCAAGGUGACAAGGCUGCAUGUGUUAGAAAGAACAAUGACAAUCAUCACAGAAAAGAUCGAGCGAUGAAAAAACACUUCUCUGGUCUAGGCGGGUAUUAGCAUCUGAUAAUUUGUGGCAUUUAAUAGUGUGAUUAACUCUGGGUGAUGCGAAGUAUAAUCUUGCAUUAAAAAUUACAAUCCAGCAGUGAGGGAUAGGCUAUACAGUUCAUACACUUCCCAUUGAGAGCAGGUUAAGUCCAGGGUUAUUUCUUACAUUCGUUUUGACUUAUUGAUUUUCAACUCUAGUCCAUAUAGAGCAGCACAAUUAUCAAGAGUUAAAGAGCAAAGCAGAUCAGCUUUACGAUCCUUGCCUGCCUAAUUGCUUCCAUGUGAUCUGUAGAACAUUACAAUCAGUUGUGUACAAAAUAAUCUUGCAGUUUGAAGGGCAGUGGGCAGAAUUUUUGCAAGUGCAGAAGUUAACAUGUAAAUAAAACGGCUGGAAAAUAUUUUCCGUUAAUGAAACUUUCAGGAAAAUAUGCUGGUUCGGUGCUUUUACUAACCUAUCUGCUGGGUUAGUAAUAAUAUCAAUAAGUAAUCCAUAGGUCAAAUAAGCUUAGAUGCUGAAGUCUUCCAAUUUUGAAGUCAUUGUCUGUAUUUUUGAUGGAGAAGAUAAAAGCUUAAUAGAAAAGUUGAGUUUAAAUGUUUUGCUUGUA